AAAUAAUGGAUCAAUUUAAUUUAAGAGGAGUAAUCUUAGGUGCUUCAGGAGCUGUAGGAAGGGUAAAAAGAUUAUAAUAUAAUUUUUUAGGAAUUAGUUACUGAAUUAUCAAAUUCUCCAAAAUGGACUGAAAUAGUAUUAAUAGUUCGUAGGAAAUUAGAAUAAUGGGAUACACUUCCUAGUAAUAAUCUAUUAAUUAAACUAAAGAUAAGAAUAAAUUAAGGAUAAUACAAGUUUAAAAUUUAGAUACACUUGAAUAGACUGAUGAAUGGAAAAAGUUUGCUAAUUUUAAUACUUUUUUUUGUGUUCUUGGAUCAAGAGUAAAAGAAGGAGAUGCUUAAUUUACAAAAGUCGAUCUCACUUAUCCAAUCUAUGGAGGUAAUAUAGCAAAAGCAAAUUGUAUUUAUUUUUAUUUUUAAGGUAUAUAGCAAUUCCUCAUUAUUCUUUAUUAACCUCAAUUGGAGCAGAUAAAGGAUCUAUGUUUUUAUAUACUAGAAUUAAAGGACUUGUUGAAGAGGCUUUAACAAAAUAAUAAUUUCCAUAUCUGACAAUUCACAGAGCAGGUGCUAUCUUAAAUAGAGUUAAUGAUGAAAGAUUUGGAGAAACUUUUCUUAAAUAUAUGCCAUUUAUUGAUAAAAUUGAAUGCAAAGAUUUAGCUAAAGCGCUUAGAAUAGAUGCUGAAAAAGCUUAUUUAGAUUUAUAAAAUUCCAAUUCAACAGAUUCUAUUGUUAGAAUAAAUACAAAUAAAAUGCUUUUAGAUUUUUCAAAAUUAUGA